AUGACGGUUCAAGUAUUGCCGUCGAUCGAAGCUCAUGCGCGAGAUACGGUCCGUGAGCUCUUCGCCCUCACACUCAAGCAGGGCGAUAGCGAUUAUAUUGGAGAAGCAGUCUCUCAGCUGCAACACUCCUUACAGGCUGCGACUCUGGCCCAGAAUGCAGGCGCAGACGAAGAAACCGUACUUGGUGCGUUACUGCACGAUGUCGGUCGCUUCAUCCCGGCAGCUGAGAAAGAAGGCGACAUGUUCUUCCCGGACGGCACUUUCGCUGGCAAGGCCAGUCACGAAGUCCUAGGUGAAGCGUAUCUCAGACAGCUUGGCUUUAGCGACAAGAUCUGCCAGCUCGUGGGAGCUCACGUCUGGGCUAAACGGUACCUGACUGCGGUCGACAAAGGCUAUUAUGAUGGGUUGAGUCUCAGCAGCAAGACGACAUUGAAGUAUCAGGGUGGUCCGUUCACCGAAGAACAAGUCAAGAAAGCACAGGAGGACCCGCUACUCGAGGGCAAGCUUACUGUGCGACGAUUUGACGACCUUGCAAAGGACCCGAACAUGCAAACUCCGGACCUGUACAGUUUCGAGACGAGUGCUGUGAGGGCUCUUACCCGUUCGAGAGCAGAGGGAUUUGAGCUCCAUGGCCGAAGGUACCAGCUUCCCUCCAAGCCCACAGUAGUCAUUUGCGUGGACGGUUUUGACCCGGAAUAUCUUGAUCGCGGUAUAGAGGAUGGCAUCUUACCAGUGCUUGGGAGGCUCAAGGCUGGUGGAUUCCAUGCCACGGCCAAGUCCUGUAUGCCUUCUUUCACGAAUCCAAACAAUGUCUCCAUUAUCACAGGCGCUCCACCAGCGAAGCACGGGAUUUCAGGAAAUUUCUUCCUUGACCCGAAGACUGGCGAGGAGAAAAUGAUCGUGGAUGACAGCUUGCUCAUUGGCUCCACGAUUCUUGAACAGAUGUCGAAGAGAGGUGUUCGGGUAGCGGCAGUCACAGCCAAAGACAAGCUUCGCAAGAUCCUUCAACCCGGACUGAACGAUGCAAUUUGUUUCUCUGCCGAGAAAGCUGCAAGCUGCACACUCGAGGAGAACGGCAUUGCUGGGGUCGAAAGCUGGCUAGGACAAAAGCAGUCUUCUCAAUACUCCGGGGAGUUGUCCAUGUUCGUUCUGGAUGCCGGAAUCAAGCUGUUAGAGGAGGAUCGAGCCGAUUUCUUCUACUUGACGCUCUCCGACUACAUCCAGCACAAACAUGCCCCGGGCUCGGACACAUCCAACACCUUCAUGAAGUCUCUUGAUUCGAAGAUU